ACAUCAGCUAGCAAGUUCAGUGAUAGAGCAGACAAGGAGGAAUUCAAGCACACUCUGUUGGCUCAGUCAUGAUUCUCCCAAGCAUUCAGUGCUGUGUGUUUUACUUUUCUUGUAUCCUGUUUAAGAGAUCCCUGGCUUUCAAGAAUGAUGCUACAGAGAUCCUUUACUCACAUGUGGAUAAACACAUCCAGGAAAGUGCCAAUAACAGCACUCUGAACCAAGCCAGACAUGGAGGCAGACACCCCAGCAACUCACCUCUGGACAGAGGCAAUGUAGGUCAUCAUCAAGUGGGAUGCAGAGAGCUGAGAUCUACAAAGUAUAUUUCCGAUGGUCAGUGCACCAGUAUCCGGCCCAUAAAGGAAUUGGUUUGUGCCGGAGAAUGUCUUCCUCUUCCUAUUUUGCCCAACUGGAUUGGAGGUGGUUAUGGUCUUAAAUACUGGAGUAGAAGAAGUACGCAGGAAUGGAGAUGUGUUAAUGACAAGACGCGCACUCAGCGUAUCCAGUUGCAGUGUGAGGAUGGCACCAGUAGGACCUACAAAGUCACUGUUGUCACCGCUUGUAAGUGCAAGAGAUACACCAGACAGCACAAUGAAUCGAACCAUAACUAUGAGGAAGCUUCACCUGCCAAAGCUAUUCCCACCUACCAACAUCACAACUCUCAUUCCAAUAGAAAUAGGAAAAGACUAAGCAAGAUUGCUAAGCACAUAUCAAGCUAAAGAAUGCAAACGUCUCUAAUGAACUAAUUAAUAUGGUGACGUGCUAAAAUGAAUGUCCCAUAAGACUUUGGCUUCUGUCUUUGCUAAACUGGGAACUCCAUUUUUAACUUUAGUAUUCAGUGAAGACUCACAGUUCAAAAUCCUUUCUAUCUAAUCUUUAACAACUUUUGAAGGGCUUUUACAGGCCCCCAGUCAAUUAAUAAUGAAAUGCCUUCAGUCUAAAGGAAAAAAAACAAUGCUAAAUGGAAAUAAUAUAAACAUUUUGCUUUUUUUUUCUUCACACAGUUAAAUGGCUGUUUUGUACAAAUAAUGAUGGCAAUCAAAAAAAAUUAAAUUGAAAAUAUAAUAAAUAUUUAUUUGUCAUUUUAAUUAAGCGACAUCUUCCAUGUUGGAUUGGCUUGUGACAAAGUGCAGGGUCAUUCUAACACAGCAGAUGUAGCAGAGCUUUUAAAUGUUAUUUACAGUUGUACAGUAUAUUGUGUGUUUUAUAGCUUUUUCAAAUAUCAAAUUAUUUUCCUACAUUUUUGUAAGUAUAUUAACGUCCGCAUAUUUGUACAUAGUGUAAAAUAAUUAUGUUGUAUUUGUGGUAUAUUUUUUACAUUUUUCAUUUGUACAAACAUUUGUUUAAAUGUUUAUUAAAAGUUAUGUGCAAUAAAAA